ACCGCAGAGGAGGAAGUUGGGCGCCUUCUUGUCACUUCUUGGGCGAAAGUGGCGGAUAUGGGGCGCCUCAGGUCGCUGUGGUUGUGGAUCCUGAUCGUGUGUGUCACUUUGGCGAUCGCUUCUGAUCCAGUGAAAAAGCAAAUUGUCACACCGAAAGGGAGAACUUUCAUUCGGCAAAGGAUCAAUGCAACCAAUAGCUCAGGAGAUGAAUAUGGUGUGGAUGACUUUGCAGCCCAGAUCCUUACUGGAAAAUUGACUACAGUGUUCCUGCCAGUGAUCUAUAUCAUAGUGUUCGUUGUUGGCUUACCAAGCAAUGCUAUGGCUCUAUGGGUGUUCUUGGCAAGAACCAAGAAGAAGCACCCAGCGGUGAUCUAUAUGGCUAACCUGGCACUGGCCGAUCUUCUUUUUGUGGUCUGGUUCCCCCUGAAGAUUGCAUACCAUGUCAAUGGCAAUAACUGGAUCUUCGGUGAAGGCCUCUGCAAAGUGCUGGUUGGGUUCUUCUAUGGAAACAUGUACUGCUCCAUUCUUUUUAUGACUUGCCUCAGUGUGCAAAGGUACUGGGUAAUUGUGAACCCUAUUCUUCACUCAAGAAAGAAGGCAGACAUUGCUGUGGGAAUUUCAGUGGCAAUAUGGAUUCUAAUUUUCCUGGGCACCAUUCCAUUGUACCUUGUCGAACAAACAGUUUAUCUUUCGGACUUGGGCAUCACGACUUGUCACGAUGUCUUGCCUGAUACAGUCUUGUCAGGUGACAUGUAUAAUUACUUCCUUUCUUUAGCCAUUGGGGUCUUCUUAUUUCCAGCUGUUCUUACAUCUGCUGCCUACAUUCUCAUGAUCAAGACUCUGAAUGCUUCCAUUACAGAUGUGAAUAGUGGGAAGAAACGGAAAAGAGCCAUCAAGCUCAUCAUUACAGUACUUUGCAUGUAUUUGAUCUGCUUUCUGCCUAGCAACGUUCUGCUUGUGGUACACUACUCCCAGAUCAGAAACUACCGUGUUGGUAAUGCAUAUGCAGCAUACAUCACAUCACUGUGCCUGUGUACUCUAAAUAGCUGCAUUGAUCCAUUCAUCUAUUACUUCGUUUCAAAAGACUUCAGAGAUAAUCUUAAAAAUGCGCUUCUCUGUCGAAGUGUGCGUUCCGUAAAGAGGAUGCAAGUCUCCCUCUCUUCAAACCGAUACCCACGGAAAUCCCAUUCUUAUUCAUCGAGUUCAAACCCGACUAGAUCAACAUACUAAGCAUAUAUUUGGGGAAGGCAGGAAAGUCUCAACAUGUUGCACAGAGAGUUUUCAGCUAUUUGGAAUGGAGCUAUAGCCAAGAUUCAUUCAUGCUGGAACUUGAUCAGAACUGGCAGCUCCUAAUUUUCACUUUCCGGUACAAACUCAAGUGACUUAUGCUAGCAGUCUUGUUCUCAAAUGGAAAGAUCGGCAGUCGUUCUGAUGGAGAUGCUGUGCUUAAAAGAAAUCAGAAGGUUUUGCAGACCCAUUGUGCCUUAAAAGCACCGUGUGUGUGUGUGCUGAUAAGCCAAGUGGACUAUUAUUAAUACCCAAGUAUAUUGCACCAGAAGAUAGCAGAACUCUUGUCACUGACAGAUUAACAGUCUUUAGUAUGACACACUUUGUGGAUGACAGACAAAGUCAUAUCUCAUGACACACAUGUAGCAGUGUGUAAACCAAUUGUUCAUGUUUGCCAAACAUAUCUGUUGCAGAUAGAAGAAUUUAUGAAGGACUGUCAUUAUUUGCACUGAUACACAUAUAUCUUAUUUUAAACAUAUUUAAUAAGUAUUGGUUAUUCUGUUUGUAUCAUAUAAUGAUAUGCUGUUUCUCAAAUUGCUUUGUAGCAAUUUCACUUCAGUAGCUUGAAUUUUUUAUAAAUAGAUUCUUGAAUA